CCUGUAACCUAGACUUAGAUGGUUGUGUCUCCUCUGCGAAUUUUGCAUUUUACAAGUUAGAAUUUUGACAUUCUUGUCGAACUUGCGAGAGCUACAAGCAACUUUCCUAGCCCGCAAAGAAAAUAACCUUGACUAGCACAAAUUCGAAUUCCUUCAAUAUAUACAAUUUAUAUUUCCAAAACUAGCCCCCAGGUCAAAGCUGAACAAACUAACAUAUUGCGGGCGAAGAAGAGCACGACCAGCGAAGCGGGCGAAAUUUUGGCACUCAAUCUAACAUUUUAUACUUGAGUCUCGAAUUUUGUACUAUUUCCUUUUAUUUCAAAUGUAACUCACUUUACAGGAUAACUAACUGAUAUCUAUACAUAUCGCGCCCUGUAAUGUCCCCUAGAAUGACGACAACUUCGAUUCAAAUUGGCCGACAAUGGUCCAAAUAACAAUCACACAUUCAGCUAUCACCUUUUCCUAGCUACACUUCAGAAAACAGUUUUCUGGCAAACAACUCAUUGAUAUUCAAAACUGCGAUACUAGCUGCUAUUGCAUUCGAAUCUAAAUUCCGUCAAAAUGAUUGAUGAUACCGGAAAUUUUCACAUCUCUUAGCAAUCUUUCACCCAUUUACAUUACCAUAUUUUGCUAUUUUGAAAGACAUUUGCCAUGAAUUUGUAAUAUAUUUUUGUUUAGAUCUUCCCAAAAUUGUGGCUAUCAAAUGAAUUGAAUUACCUGUGCGCUUUGGCUGACAGAGCUUUGAGCUUCCUCCGCUAAUUGAAUCUAAAACAAACAAACUUACUUCCAAUUAUGCAAAUUGGCAUUUAAAUUAGAAAACUUUGAAAACGCAGUCAACAUUGUUUAGAACUUUUCAUUACUCCCAAUUAAAGGCGCCUUCAGCUGCAGCCUUUUUGCAAAAGUUCGAUUUGCCUCAUUGCAAUUUCAAUCAAGUUUCACGCUCUACAACAGUUUAAAAUCACCUGACUGAUGACUGUUAUUAAACUGAUUAGCAGAGUCAUAAUUAUAACUGAAUGAGCAACCCGCGCAAUGCACACCCAAAGCAUGGGACGAAAACAUUCGCAACUGAACAUAUCUCAUUCACAACAAGGAGAUUUUUAAUCACGCUCUUUUUGCUUCAAACACUUUCUUCAACUCCUUUGAUGGGCGGCAUUAAAAAUCGAUCAAAUGCAUCAGCUAUUUAUAAUUCAAACGGAAUUCAAGUUUCAACGUCCUUUUUCAACGAAAAACAAAACAACGAAAAAGACAGAAAACUGUCUGAUCUGAACGAUGACAAAAUUUGGACUCAAAAUCGAGAUGACAACCCAGCGGCGAUUAAAAAGCGAACAGUCAGACAAGAUACGUUUGCCCAGGACAAUAAGCCAGAAGAGCCGGAGGAACUGGGCGACUUUGUUUCGCAUCCGACCAAGUUGACCUGGUCCAGUGCUAUUCUAGGCGCACUGUUCGGGUGCUCCAUGUUUUUCCUAGUGUUCAUCAUAAUCAUUAGUGUCUUGGCUUCCAUCCGUGCAGUAGAUUACUACAUCUUCGGAAGAAAAGACAUCAGGAAAGAACUGCUCAGUGGAGAAGAGGAUAGCUCCAGUCCAGGUCCUAUCUGGAAAAUACUCAAUGCCUGGAGACCCAACGGAAAGCCAGGAGGAACACAACCCAGUCAGAAACCACAAUUCUGGAAGACCCAGAUGUUCCACGUUGUCGAGUACAAAGGCAUUAGAGCCGGAGGCCGGCGCAAUGCAUCAAGUAGCGCUUCCAAAAUCGGGGGCGGCAGCGGGAGUCGAACCUGCGCCGGCUCCAGGCCAGGCUAUUACAAGCGCACCAACAUCUUAGUUUGAUCCUAUUUUGAAGAGCGUUAAGGUAUUUUGUAACACAAGAAUUGUUCGGUUAAUUGUAUAGCAAUUAACACUCUGGAUGUAACGCUAUAGAUGUGCUAUUUGAUCUGUGUCAAGUUCUGUAUUCUGUAAUGUAGUGUAGUCUAAUACAAAAUAUUUGUAGUUUUAGGAUAAUUUGUAAUUCACUUCACCAAAUGCGCUUCAAAAUCACCUGAACUUUGCUGCCUAAUCAGUUGAUGAUUUUGAUUUCAAUAAAACAAAAAAUUUACCAAGAUAAAACUCUUUGAUCACGAACCAGAAAAGAAGCAACUAGACAAAGCUCUCGCGAGCUGAGUUUUCUUAUUUGGAC